AUGCCCGCAUUCACGGCGGAGCUCCUCACCCCCUUCCCCCGGGUCGGGGUGCCCGUGAAGUUCGACAAGCUCCUCUACAACGGCCGGCAGAACUACAACCCCCAGACGGGGAUCUUUACCUGCGAGAUCCCCGGCGUCUACUACUUCGCCUACCACGUCCACUGUAAAGGGGCCAGCGUCUGGGUGGCGUUGUUCAAGAACAACGAGCCGCUGAUGUACACCUACGACGAGUACAAGAAGGGCUUCCUGGACCAGGCUUCGGGCAGCGCUGUCGUCCAGCUGAUGCACGGAGACAAGGUUUACGUUCAAAUGCCAUCCGAGCAGGCGGCAGGACUCUAUGCCGGGCAGUAUGUCCAUUCGUCUUUUUCAGGAUAUUUAUUGUAUCCCAUGUAAAACAAAAGCCAGACACACACACACACACACACACAAAAUCAAAACCUUUCUUCUCUGCUUCAAACUUUUAUACCAUGAAAGAUGCAUUUUAUGACCGUUUCAGACCAUCUUGUACAAAAAAAAAAAAAAAGUUUAACAUUAUGCACAGCUAGUUAUAAAAAAAAAAAAAAAAAAGGCGUGGUGAACAUAUCUAAAGAUGUGUAUCAGGUUCAUAAACAGUUGUUUUGCACCCAAGGGGGACAUAUUAGCUGUACAUUAUAUAUUUCUGUGAUGCCAUGCUUACUUCAUUUCAUUCACAUUAAUUCAGUUACUAAGGUUCAAAUCAGUGUACGUCACUCACUCCUGUUGCAUAUUUGACUGCUGCAUUGAUCAUUGUUACAAGAUGAAAACCAGUGAGUUAAACCAGAGUAGGUCUGUCUCAAGUGAUACGGAGAAAUUUGAGUGGCUUUUUAUUUGUUU